AUGAGGUCCAAAUUUUAUAUAUUCACGUUAUGCGGCCUUGCAGGCGUUUAUACACAGUCAACAAAUGUCAAUCCGCCUGGGAUGUGCGCAGGCUACAUCAACAAAUACACACAUUCUGACCAAUGUGUCUACAGUUUUACCGUCCCGAAGCGGGAUGUCAACGAUUGCAAAGGGCUAGAAGACACUGUAAAUAAUAUGAACGAAAGAACAAACGCCCUGGAGUUGGAAGUUGCCGAAUUAAAGAAAAUCAUCGAAAUUAUCAAAGACAACAUGGAUGCAAAUCGAAUGAUCGGACAAAUGCAGCAGCAACAGGCCACGUGGGAAGAAAAUGACAGGAUUAUCAGAGAGGAGAACGCGAUGAAAUCAGCGCAGCUUACUGAAAUGGAAAUUAAUUUACGAGAAGUCCAAAAUAACCUCGAACGCGCGAAUGCUGAUCUAGCUGCAUUGAAAUCAGAAGCGACUCCGCUCGAGGAGGAACUUCUCAAGUCCAGAUCGCAAACUCAACAAUUCCGAAACGAGCUUGUUAUUAUGACGCAAAAGUACACCGACCAACUCAGUUUGGUGGACGAAAUGAUGAGUGCGAAGAACUGUUCGGAAAUCAACAAGAAUUUGCCCUCGUGCGAUGCGAUUCGACUCUGGGGCUUCAAAAAGUCAGGCUACAUGAUGAUCGAUCCUGACGGAGAAGAUGGUAAUCCCCCCUUUCAAGUUUACUGUGACAUGGACAGCAUCCCCGGCAGAGGAAUCACCCACGUGCAUCAUUCCAACCAAGGAAUCGGCGUGGAUGUUCAAGGGUGCGAAGAAGCCGGAUGCUUUUCCCACGAGCUCAAUUACCAAGGAGUCUCUAUGUCGCAAAUGGAAUCGCUUAUUGAUAUCCACACUGCUUGCGAACAAUCGCUCAGAUACGACUGUCUCGAUUCCAAGAUUAUGCGAGACAGAACCGCUUGGUGGGUAUCCCGCGAUGGACGGCGGCAGAACUCUUGGGGAGGGGCACCCAUCGGCUCAGGCAAAUGCGCUUGUGGCCUAACGAACACCUGCGUUGACCCUAAUUACUAUUGUAACUGCGACGCUGACGACGAAAAGUGGCACAAUGAUGAGGGUCUUAUUUAUGAAAAGGAUCUCCUUCCGAUAAAGGAAGUGCGUUAUGGUGACGUUACUACUGAUAAAGGCGAGAAGGGCAAAUCGCUCGUUGGCGCGCUUGUCUGCAAGUGGGAUAAAACGAUGGCAGUCACAUCGUGUCAAGCACUAGCGAGAGAUGGUGUUAGGGAAUCUGGACAUUACAUGAUUGAUCCUGAUGGACCACAUGGAGUAGAACCGCCACAAAAAGUAUUCUGUGACUUCUCAAAUGGAAUCAUGCCCAUCGACGAUUCCGUUGAUCCAACUACCGUCGUUGAAGGUGGUGGACUUCUUCCUCCUGCGCCUGUGCCAAGCAAUGUUGGUCCUCGCCGUACUUGGGAAUUCAACGAUUGCGGAGCCAGUGGUCGCUUUGGACCCACUGAAUCAAUGUGCAAAACGGUUUAUGACGAGGACUAUCCCGGUUUCUUCGUCAAGAGUGGCAUGCAAUUCUUCUACGCGCCAAAAACGGGGAGAUACAGAAUUACUGCGACCGCACCUGGUGGAUUGGCUGCCAAGAAAGGCGCCGGAAAGGGUGCUUCUAUGUCGGCCAUUUUCAAAUUGGAAGAGGAAACUGAGCUGAGAAUUAUCGUCGGUCAGAAAGGAUCAAUCUCGCCCAAUAGGGAGUUCUUUGGCGGAAGUGGCGGAACCUUUGUUGUCAAAUUCGCGUCCUGGGUUCAUGAAGCACUUGUUGUCGCUGGCGGUGGUGGCAGUGCCGGAGCUAAGGAUUCAUCACCGAAUCCUGAAGUGACUGACGCCAACCUCAAGCGUCAAGGAAAGGAUGCGUCAAAGACUGGCGCCUCUUUUGGCUUGGGAGGUGCAGAAGGUCAGGGUGGUCUACGUGGAAAUCGCGCCAUGGGUACUAAUACGCCUGGUGGUGGUGCUGGUAUGAUGGGCAACGGUCAACCAUCAGGCGAUUCCCGCUGGGGAACUCCCGAGCCAGCUAUAUCCUUCACGAACAACGGGGAAGGAAACGAAGCCCCAGGAGUCGGUGGCACCUUCUUCGACGCUUCCGGUGAAGAGAUCGACGGUGGUUUCGGCGGCGGUGGAUCAGGCGCGCGCUGGGCAGCAGGUGGCGCUGGUGGAUAUUCAGGUGGUGGAGGAGGCCCUGACGAGGGCGUCUCCGGCGGAGGUGGAAGUUACAUCAAUGACGAAGGCGAAAGUCCUAAGUCUGAAGUCACCAACGAAGGCCUUGGCUCUGUCGUUAUCGAGCUCUUGAGCUAG